ACAAAGCCCUAUCGACUUCAAAAAAUUCAGCAACAACAAAUCAUACAACCUGUUCAAACAAAUUCUUCCGAUUCAACCUUCAACAGAAACCACACAAAAAUAGAUGACUCGCGAAGAACAUAUAGCGACGCGAUUGAAUCCAAAAACAUCGAUCAAUCCACAAACACAAAAUCUCCUUCCAUCCUUUCGCCACAGAUUCCGAGAAGAAAAGAAACGAAAAGAAAAAAACAGAGUUCAUAGAAAAUGGCCAGAGGCGGAGCUCACAAGAAAGACGAAUCCGUAGCGGUAGCGAUCGAUAAAGACAAAUUCAGUCAACAGGCUUUGAAAUGGACGAUUGAACGGCUUCUUAGCAGAGGCCAAGUUCUUACUCUGCUUCACGUCAAACACAAACCGUCGCAUUCGACGACGAACGUCGGUACCUAUUCCGAUUCGGAUGACGCCGUUGCUCAUAAACAGCAGGUUGAUAAUCAAGCCCAUCAGUUCUUCCUCCCCUUUCGUUGCUUCUGCACGCGAAGCAAUAUACCAUGCAAUGAAGUGACGUUGGAGGAGGGAGAUAUUUCAAAAGCAUUAAUCAAUUAUGUCAACAAAAAUGUUAUUGACGUUUUAGUCCUUGGUGCUCCUUCAAGAACUGGCAUUGUCAAACGAUUCAAGUCGGACAUCCCAAGUAUCGUGUCGAAAGGAGCACCAGACUUCUGCACAGUUUACACUAUUGGCAACAAAGGCAAGGUCUCUUCAAUGCGACAAGCUACAUCUCCAGCACCUGCAAAGCCUAUUUCUACGUCGCACAACCAACCACACCCCGCCACACGCCCUCAAUUGUUGCAUCAGCUCACCAACGCCUCCGAGGUAUCGGUCGAGCACCCGAUCAUCCUGCGCUCCCAACCCUCCAGACAUUUAGAGACUCAAGACAGCGUAGCAUCAAAUCCACCUUCCCGUACCAUUCACGAAGAUUUUGAAAUCAAGUCGCCGUUUAAUCGGCCAGGGUCGAGGGCUUCGAUGGGGAAAGGACAGGACACAUCCAUGGCGGAUUCCGACAUAUCGUUCGUGAGCAGCGGUAGGCAGAGCUUAGAUCGUGGGAACCCGCCGGCGUGGAACUCCGGCACCGUGGACUCGUAUCGGCUUUCAAACGGGUCGGAAACUUCGAGCCCGGGUUCAGCCUCGCCUUCGCCCAUGUUGGGAAUGGGAGGAAUGAGGUCCAUUGAUAGUAAUAAUAACUCAUCUUAUUCUAACCCUUACUCUCACGAAAUGUCCUCUGCCUCGGAGAGUGAGACCUCUUGGGCUUCCCAAUCUCAUGCUCAGGAGGAUGUCGAGGCUGAGAUGAGGAGGCUGAAAUUGGAGCUCAAACAAACCAUGGACAUGUACAGUACAGCCUGCAAAGAAGCCCUAAACGCCAAGCAAAAGGUCUCAAUCAUUUCCAAGAUCACGAAUCUUUUCUCCAUGAUCUAUAAUCAUGACUCAACCAUCGAAUUCCAAUUGAUUUGGCAGGCGAGUGAGCUCCAUCGCUGGAAAAUGGAAGAAGAACACAGACUCGAAGAGGCAAAAAUGGCGGAAGGAGCAGCAUUAGCAAUAGCAGAGAAGGAGAAGAUGAAAUGCAAAGCGGCAUUGCAGGCAGCCGAAGUUGCACAAAGAAGCGCAGUUCACGAAGCGAGGAAAAGAGCAAACGUCGAGAAACUUGCUGUUAUGGAAGCAGAGGAAACCAAAAAAGCACUUGAAGGAUUUGGCCAUGGCGAUAUCGGUUACAGAAGGUACUCAAUCCAGGAAAUCGAAACCGCUACGAAUGGCUUCUCUGCUGCUUUGAAGAUCGGUGAAGGCGGUUAUGGUCCAGUUUACCGUGGAGAACUCGACCACACGCAGGUAGCGAUUAAGGUCCUCCGUCCGGAUGCCGCUCAAGGAAGAUCGCAAUUUCAGCGAGAGGUUGAGGUUUUAAGUUGUAUUCGACAUCCAAAUAUGGUUCUCCUCCUUGGAGCGUGUCCUGAGAACGGUUGUUUAGUUUACGAAUUCAUGGCCAACGGAAGCUUAGAGGACUGUCUCUUCCGAAAACCAGAGGAUCCUGUUCUUCCAUGGCAGUUACGUUUCCGAAUCGCGGAGGAAAUCGCGACUGGACUUCUUUUCUUGCAUCAAACCAGACCAGAGCCGAUCGUGCAUCGAGAUCUGAAACCAGGAAACAUUUUGCUAGAUCGGAACUAUGUGAGCAAAAUCAGCGAUGUAGGACUAGCGAGGCUGGUGCCUCCAUCGGUAGCGAACUCUGUGACUCAGUAUCGAAUGACAGCGACGGCAGGGACUUUCUUCUACAUCGAUCCAGAGUAUCAGCAAACAGGAUUGCUAGGGAUUAAAUCAGAUGUUUACUCGCUUGGUGUGAUGCUUUUGCAAAUAAUCACGGCGAAGCCACCGAUCGGACUAGCGCAUAACGUGGAGAGAGCGAUUGAGAAGGGGAAGUUUGCGGAGAUGCUUGAUCCGGAUGUGAAGGACUGGCCGGUUGAAGAAGCGUUGAAGUUUGCGAAGCUUUCGAUUCAAUGUGCAGAGAUGAGGAAGAGAGAUCGGCCGGACCUUGGGAAGGUGGUGCUCCCGGAGCUUAGUCGAUUGAGAGCCAUGGCGGAAGAGAGUAUGGGAUUUCAACCGUACAGUAUCUGUGAUUCGCCAUGUAUGAGCCAGGCUUCCUUUUCACAGGAGCGGUUUAGUCUUCAUCAUGGGCUAGAUGAAUCUGAGAGCUCAUACUGCCAAUCAGGAAGCAGCACGUCAUCAUAUUCAGACAGAAGAUCUUGGCUGAAUUAA